AUGGGGGUGACAGGGGCCAUGAAUAUGUCAGGAGUCAGCACAGUGACUGAAUUCAUACUCCUGAGUUUUCCGUGCUCCAGGGAGGUUAGGGUUGUCCUCGUCAUGCUGUUGUUUGUGUCCUACAUCCUGACAGUGAUGAGGAAUGGGGCCAUUGUCUGUGCAGUGAAGCUGGAUCGCAGGCUUCACACCCCCAUAUACAUCCUGCUGGCCAACUUCUCACUCCUGGAGAUCUGUUACAUCAACACGACUGUUCCCAAUAUGCUAAACAACUUCCUAUCUGAGACCAAAGCCAUCUCUUUCACGGCUUGCUUUUUCCAGUUCUUCUACUUCUUCUCCAUGGGCAUCACUGAGACCCUCUUACUGCCCCUCAUGGCUUUUGAUCGGUACUUGGCCAUCUGCCAGCCUCUCCAUUAUCCGAUCAUCAUGAACAACCAUCUCUGCAUGAACCUGGUGGCCCUGUGCUGGGUCACAGCUUUCCUCUGCUAUCCGAUCCCUAUCUAUUUUAUCACACAACUCCCCUUUUGUGGCCCCAACACCAUUGACCACUUUGUCUGUGACCCUGGUCCUCUUCUGGCCCUGUCCUGCAUCCCUGCCCCUGGAAUUGAGCUUUCCUGUUCUAUACUGAACUCUCUUAUUAUCUUCAUCACCUUCUUCUUCAUCCUUGGGUCCUACACCGUGGUUCUUAGAGCAGUGUUGUGUGUCCCUUCAGCGGCUGGCCGACGUAAGGCCUUCUCCACCUGUGGUUCCCACCUGGCUGUGGUGUCUCUCUUCUAUGGAUCCAUCAUGGUGAUGUACAUCAGCCCAACCUCUGGAAAUCCAGGUGGGACACAGAAGAUUGUAACCUUGUUCUACUCAUCGGUGACCCCACUUAUAAACCCACUGAUCUACAGUCUCUGGAACAAGGAUGUGAAAGCUGUCUUGAGAAAAAUUCGUAUGUGCACAGAAAUUAGAGCAAAUGAGAACUCACGAGUGGGGCAAGAUCACAAAAUUUUUCCUCAUUUCUUCCCACUUAAGUGGUCUUUAUUCAUUUGUAUCUAG